UUCGCGCAUUAUCAACUGCUGCUAGGCUGCUAAAACUUUCUGCUCAUUUUGGAGGCUGAGACUGCUGAAGCUUAAAGAACAUGUUCCAGCAUGAAGAUCAAGUCGUGUGCAGCAAUGAGCUCCAAGACAAUUUGGAUGAUGAAUCAUUUUUCCAAGACAUUGAUGUCCUCCAGAACCAUGGCAUUAAUGUGGCUGAUCUUAAGAAGCUCAAGUCAGCAGGAAUAUGCACUGUCAAAGGAAUUCAAAUGACUACUAGAAAGAAACUGUGCAAUAUCAAAGGAAUCUCUGAAGCUAAAGUUGACAAGAUAAAGGAGGCUGCAGGAAAGCUCUCAUCCAGUGACUUUCUGACUGCAUUGGAGUACAGUGAUAAGAGGAGGAUGGUAUUUCGUAUAGCAACUGGCAGCCAGGAGUUAGACAAACUUUUAGGAGGUGGAAUAGAAAGCAUGGCUAUCACUGAAGUAUUUGGAGAGUUCAGAACUGGCAAGACUCAACUAUCACAUACCCUAUGUGUAACUGCACAGUUACCUGGUAAAAAUGGAUAUUCAGGAGGGAAAGUUGUAUUCAUCGAUACAGAGAAUACAUUUCGUCCUGAUCGAUUAAGAGAGAUUGCUGACAGGUUCAAUUUAGAUCAUACGGCUAUGCUUGACAAUGUAUUGUAUGCCAGAGCUUAUACGAGUGAGCAUCAAAUGGAGCUCCUUGACUGCGUUGCUGCAAAGUUCCACGAAGAGCCGGGAGUCUUUAAACUCCUUAUUGUUGAUUCAAUCAUGGCUCUAUUCCGUGUUGAUUUCAGUGGACGAGGUGAACUUGCUGACAGACAGCAAAAACUGGCUCAAAUGCUCUCAAGGCUACAAAAAAUAUCAGAAGAAUAUAAUGUUGGAGUGUUUGUCACUAAUCAAAUGACUGCUGAUCCUGGAGCUACAAUGAGCUUUCAAGCUGAUCCUAAGAAGCCAAUAGGAGGUCACAUAUUAGCUCAUGCUUCUACAACACGAAUUAGCCUUAGGAAAGGAAGAGGAGAAGUACGCAUAGCAAAGAUAUAUGACAGCCCUGACAUGCCUGAGAAUGAAGCUACAUUUGCCAUAACUCCAGGAGGCAUCAACGAUGCCAAGGAGUGAAGCUAACUAACUAUAAUACUAGCUGGGAACAUUAGCUGCAUAUAAUUCAACAUGUGAUUAAUGUAAUGAUCCACAAGCACUAGAAUAAACUUUUAAACAUUUUGACUAGUUUUAAGCCACUGUAGACAAUUGUUUUCUUAGCCCCUAUAUGACAAGUAAUGAUACCACACAAAUCA